AUUCCUUACGCCACCGCAAAUCAUAGUCUCAACUCGUAACUGCUAAGCUUUUCCCGGACUGUGCUCCGGGCGACCGACUUCAUCUUCCAGCCUUCGAUCCGCGAGGUAGGAUUCGAGGAUCUCCCUGCUUCCGAAUCCUUCGAGGCUCCGAUCCGUUGACUCGAGGCGGCGGCCGGAGAAAUCUCGGUUGCUCUCCUGAAAAAGGGAAGCGGAAAUGCAGAAGAUGGCGCAGUCGUGGUUCUCGCCCGACGGCGGCAGCGGCGGCGGCGGCGGCGGCGAGGACCCGCAGAAGCCCUCGUCCUCCCUGCUGGCCGAUUGGAACUCGUACGCCUCCUCCCGGGAGGCCGGCGACGACGCCGGCUUCGGCAUCGGCUUCGAUAUCGAAUCCGCCGUCAAGUCCGCCAACGACUCUGUCUCCGGCACCUUCAGCGUGGUUUCAAAAGGUGUAAGAGAGUUACCUGGGAAUUUCCAAUCUGCUGCCAGUACAGUGCCUUCAGGGAAGGCUCUCAUGUAUUUUGGUUUAUUUCUGGCUAGCGGUGUCUUCUUCAUUGUGAUUGCUUUCACAAUGUUCCUCCCAGUUAUGGUGCUGAUGCCCCAGAAAUUUGCCAUCUGCUUCACACUUGGGUGUUGCUUUAUUAUUGGAUCCUUUUUCGCUCUCAAGGGUCCAAUGAAUCAGCUUUCUCACAUGUCGUCCAAAGAAAGGCUUCCUUUCACUGUGGGAUUUGUUGGCAGCAUGGUUGGUACCAUAUAUGUCUCGAUGGUGCUUCACAGUUAUAUCCUUUCUGUGCUCUUCUCUAUAUUGCAGGUUCUUGCACUGGUCUAUUAUGUCAUUUCAUACUUCCCUGGUGGGUCUGCAGGGAUGAAAUUUCUCUCAUCAACACUUACUUCAUCAGUAAUGAGAUGUUUCGGUCGGUGAGUGAGUGAGCCGUAGUAGCUUUGUCUGUUAUAUUUGUCCUGUUGUUGUCUGACAUUGCUCCAGGACCCGAAUGAAUUUGGUUAUUAGUUGAAAGGCAAAGAUUUGGAAAAAGAGCUUCAAA